GCGGCGAACGUAGGGCGCGCGUCCCGCCGCCGGUUUCGCGCCAAUUCGCGGUCGCAGUGCUGGGAAGCGCGCCUCGCGGGUGGGACACGCUGGACUCUCGACACAACCGGGAUCGCCAUCUGGCUGACUAUAAAAAUGUUAAACUUUAAAUAAUUUAUUGAAACAUUGAAUUUUCUUAAUAAUUUUAAACUCAACAAAAAUGUCGCGAGAAAUACUAAUACGUUUUUUAAAUUAAUUGGAAAUGACGUUAUUAUUGUCGAUGUGAUGAUUUAAGUGAUUUAAAAAAUGUGUUUAACGUUUAAACGGUAUUACGGUGAAGAUAUAAUAUAAGAGUUAUGAGCGAGAUAAGAGAGCAGAUGUCGACGGAGGCUGUGACGGUGACGGCGGACCCCGCGCCGCACCGCUCGCCGACGCCGGAGCUGCAUGCCACCUACACCUCCUUGGAGAUCCUUGUAGCGCUGGUGGCGGUGGUAGGCAACGCCAUGGUCAUACACGUGUUCCGCCGCGAUCGGAGGCUGCGGCGCCGCACCAAUUACUACAUAGUGUCUCUCGCGGUGGCGGACUUUCUUGUUGGCCUCCUGGGCAUACCAUUUGCUAUACUGGCUUCGGUAGGGCUGCCGAGAAACCUCCACGCUUGCCUCUUCACGGUUUCUUUGCUGGUGAUGCUAUGCACGAUAAGCAUCUUCUGCUUGGUAGCGGUGUCCGUCGAUCGCUAUUGGGCUAUCCUCUACCCCAUGUGCUACUCCAGGAAUGUUCGCACCAGGACCGCAAUAUGGAUAAUAUCUGCGUGCUGGGUGUUCGGUGCGGGCGUGGGUCUGCUGCCGCUAUGCGGUUGGCACGCGGCGGUGGGCGCGGCACCUGGCUGCUACUUCGUCGAGGUCAUGGACUACAACUACCUCGUAUUCCUCUAUUUCGCGACCAUCGUCACCCCCAGCGUGUUACUCGCCGCUUUCUACGCGCAUAUCUAUCGAGUUGUUGUCAAACAGAUGAGUGCGGUGGUGACAGUGGAAGGCAGCCAGGGGCGCACGUCGGGCGGUACGAUGCUGCGCGUGCUGGGAGCCGCGCAGAAGCGCGAGGUGAAGGCCACGCAAAACCUCGCCAUCAUCGUCUUCUUCUUCAUCAUCUGUUGGAUCCCGCUUUAUACGAUCAACGCCAUAAAGGCCUUCAUGCCCGAACUGGACAUUCCAAACCCCCUCACUUAUUUCUGUAUCAUUUUCUCUCAUCUCAAUUCCGCCAUCAAUCCUUUGUUGUACGCGUAUCAUUUGAAAGACUUUAGGGCUGCGUUGAAGGGACUGAUCUGUACUGUGUUAGGCCGAGGUGUACCGAUACCAGCGGCAUAUAGACCUCCCGUGCCGAUGAGAAGACCGGCUCUAGAAAGAUGUAACGCUCUGAGAGAGAGACCGAGGGUAUAUGUCAAUUCUCCAGUAUGGCUGCGUCAGAGGGAAGCCGAAACUACCGUCAUUGAAGACAAAAAUAAGUCCAAAACGGUUACUACGCCUUUGGGUGCAGACACGGAACCGUUUCUAGACAUGCACUUGGCUGACAGUUCAAGUGGACGGCAUUCCCCUGAAGUUCGAGAAAACAAUCUGUACCUCAUAGACACUAAUCCAGAGAGAUGCCACAGCCCAUACAAAAAAGUGGAGGAGUUUAUACGGAGAGUGCGUAGCGUCGGCUCGGAGCACAGCUGACAGGAUGACAACCGGGACUUCCCCGGAUAGUAGAUUUAUGAAAAAAGCUUUAAUUUAUUUUAUAAAUGUAGCAUUUCUAGAUAAAUGACACUAUUGAAUGUUGGUCACGUAUUUAUGAAUAUUUAUAUUUUUUAUUUUGUUAAGCCUCUAU